AUGCUUUCGACCGAGCUGGGCCUCCAGGCCCCUCUGUUGGAGGACGUGGAGUGCGGAGCCCUGGCUGCCCUGCUAGCCGUGGGUUGCGAGGAUCUGCUUGUCUUCUCGCGAGACAAGUUCUCGGUUCACAGGAAGUUCUUGCCCAGGCUCGCUGCAGGUGCUGCGAUCAGCGGGGAUGGCAGUUCCACAAAGUUGGAUGGGUACGACGUGUUGGUCGUCCCACUGGCAGGUUGGCUCCAGACCAAGACAGAGCAACUCUGCGUAGAUCUCCUCACUGCUCUCCAGGCCAUCAUCCAGCAGAUGCCGAGAAGUGGAUCGAUCCGGAUCCUGCUCCUGACCUCAUUGGCCAUGGGUCCGGGGAGCUCCACCUAUCGUCGCACCACGGUGCCACCCCAGGCAUCGGUGCAGGGCCUCGUGCGGACGGUGCGGACCGAACUGCCGCAGGUGCCGAUCCUCUGGCUCGAUAGCGACGCGACCGGCACCGAUGAUCUCCAGGAACAGCUCAUGUACGAGAUCGGCUGGGCUUUUCCCGCGGGAGGGCCCCAGCUGCUGAACGACAUUGAGCGGGCCCAGCUCCUGCUCGCCCACAACCGGGAUGUGGCCUACAGACAGGGACGACGGUGGCUGCCCAGGCUGGACAUGAGUCCGAAAAUGCCUAUCUACGCAGGGCGGGUGCUUUCUCCACUUCCCCAGUUCGUGAUCGAGACCGGCGUGGCAUUGAUCACAGGUGGUGUCGGUGGCAUCGGUUUGGCUGCGGCAGAAGCCAUGGCCGAGCUGGGGCUCCGCCGACUGGUGCUCACUUCACGGACGGGGCAGGUGCCUGCCGCGCAGGGCACAGAGGAGCGAAUGGAGGCACUCCGCUCAUCGGGUGUGAAUGUCGUGGUGGAAGCCUGCGACGUUGCCGAGGAGUCCAGCGUUCUUGCGUUGCUGGAACGGAUCCAGGACACGCACGGCCCCCUCCGGGUCGUCGUGCACGCCAGUGGUCUGAUCGAGGACCGGUCCAUCUACGACCAGGAUGCAGACUCCUUCCGAAAGGUCUUCGAGCCGAAAGCUUUGGGGGCCUGGCACUUGCACCGCCACACGAUGGGAGACAGGCUGCACGCCUUCGUGCUUUGCUCCUCCGUAGCUGCACUCUUCGGCAGCCGUGGGCAGGCCAACUACGCUGCUGCCAGUGCCUACCUCGAUGAGUUGGCGAGGCUGCGGACUGCGCACGACCUACCUGCCGUCAGCCUGCAGUGGCCGGCAAUCGAUCCCUGGCCAGAGGAGCCCGAGCCGACGGCAAGGGAGGGGUAUUGGAAUGGCUUGUCCUCAGGCCUGGAUAAGAAGACGGCCAAGAGCAGCAUCAGCCUGAGCGUGGUGAGGCAAGUCUUCAAGUUGGCCGUGGCUGGCGCCAAAGAUCCCGGGGAGCCAGUACAGGCUGUGCUGCCCGGUGCGUACCUGUCACCGACGUCAACCACAGUUCGCAGCUUGUUAGAGCCGCUUCUUGCGCGGCGGAAGGCCGGUUCAACCUGGAGUGCGGAGCCUGGAGCUCUCAGGAACUCGGGGACAAUGUCUUCCAGCGGAGUAAGACUCUGCCUAUCCCUUGGCUAG